AAGGAAGGAAGGAAGGAAGGAAGGAAGGAAGGAAGGAAGCCCCAGCCCUCGGGGAUUUAUCUCGCCCAUUGCUGCCUCUCGUCGCCGCGUCCUGCAAGAUGUCACAAGCGACAGACAGAGGCGACGCUGCCGCCUGCAACCCUUCUCUGCUGAGCAACGCAAGAGGGUGAAGUCUCGCUGCUGCAGCUUCGGCUUCUGCUGAGAACUUGGGGGGGAGAGAGAGAGAGAGAAAGAGGGUGUCACACUGGGAUCUUGGAGAGACCGAUUCCCCCCUUCCAAGGGAAGAAACCGCCCCCCCCACACACACACACACACUCGACCCCCCUCUGGCUUGUCCAGCCACCGGAGGCAAAAGAAACAGCUCUUGAGCGCGGGUCUUCCUUCGAGCAGAGGCACCGGAAAGCUGGAGUCCACUAAUGCGACGCAGGGGCGGUCAUUCCAGAAGAAAACGGGAGCUCGCCUCUGGAGACUCGGGCAAACGCCAAGGAAGACGGGGUGCCUUUUGGUGGACGUGAAUUUCCCCAGCCUUGGAGACAGGGGCGCUUCUCCUUAAGACAAAGCCUGGAGGAUUCUGUGGCGGUUUCCCUUCAAAGCAAGUGAGUGGCCUCCUGCCAACCUCUUUCCCUCUUUGCUUUCUUUGCCUUUUUUGUGGGGAUCUUAUCCUUAAGGAAGGGGUUCCGGGGUUCGUUUUCCAGAGCAAACCGAACUGCUCGGCCAAAGUUCCCAACUUUUAGGACCCCUCUGCUUCUCCGUGCAACCGGUCUGCCGGAGAAUCGAAGCAAAACAAAGGGCCAGGACGUAAACUCCUUCCUUCUUCUGGGCUGAAGAACAUCCCUAGAUGGCUGAUGCCACUGAUGCCAUUUCUGAAUAACACUUUUUAAGGGCCCAACCUUCUUUUUAAUUCUGAAUGCAACUCUCGCCUGCGUAGAAGAACCUUUUCUUUGCCGUAUACAGAGACAUACAUGCAUGCAUGCAUGCAUGCACGCACAAACCCGAAGCCCUGUUUCUGGAUAAGCCACAAGGAAAAUAUUUAAGGAGGAAAAUGUAUGGAGAACUUCUCAAUUCAACUACUGCAACUGAUCCUCACCUGAUCGUUCAGACCAACACUCCCUAUCCAGGGAGCACCCACAGACCUAUCAGCUCCUCGGGUUUUUAUAUGUCCACAGCCAGAGUGUUAAAAGAAGGUGAGAUCAAUAAGCCGGACUUGGUGACAUAUGUUGUCCUGUUCUUCUUCCUGCUCUUGGCUGUCACGAUCAUUGUACUUUUUAUUAACUGCCAGCUGAAACAUUCUUUUUUUGCUACACUUCCUUAUGAUAGAUCCCUGCGAGAAGCUAGGAGCCCAUGGAAAACGCAGGCUGUCUAAUCUUCGGCAGAGUAAGAAGGGAGAGGGGAAAGUCUAAGCCAAGCUUUGUUAUGACCAGCAUCUUGUGAACUCUCUUAUGCAAUUUGCCAUGGGGGGGGGGGUGUAAUAAAGCCAGCUCUAUACAAAUGAAGAUAUUCUCUUCAACUAACUUCAAUGCAAAACAUGAUCUGAAAGAGUCCUAUUUCACAUACACAUGCAUACUUUUCUGCAUGUUCAAGAUAAUGACAAAAAGAUGUAAAUAAAAAGAAUGUGUAUGGAUUUUCACGAGUCAGUUAUUAUCAACAUCCAUGUAUGGAUCGGGGUGCGUAUGAUCAAUGAUUUCAGACUG